UCUGCUCCAGCUGACCCUGGGCAGCGUCGGGACAUCUGUGGUCGUCAGGACUAGGGGUGCUCCUGGCACUGAGUGGGAAAGAGCCAGGGAUGCUGCUCGACACCCCCCCAUAGUUUCCAGUGCCCCCCCCCCCAGCAGAGAAUGAUCCAGAAUACCCCCGGGAGUGGGGGAGAAGCAUGCUUCCCCCUGCCUGUGUCUUGGAGGCAUCUCGUGGAACUUCCUGGUCUUUUACGGAGGAUGAGUUCCACCCGUUCAUCGAGGCGCUGCUGCCUCACGUGCGCGCCUUCGCCUACACCUGGUUCAACCUGCAGGCGCGGAAGCGCAAGUACUUCAAGAAGCACGAGAAGCGGAUGUCGAAGGACGAGGAGCGCGCGGUGAAGGACGAGCUGCUGGGCGAGAAGGCCGAGGUGAAGCAGAAGUGGGCGUCCCGGCUGCUGGCCAAGCUGCGCAAGGACAUCCGGCCCGAGUGCCGCGAGGACUUCGUGCUGGCCGUCACGGGCAAGAAGCCCCCCGGCUGCGUGCUCUCCAACCCCGACCAGAAGGGCAAGAUGCGCCGCAUCGACUGCCUGCGCCAGGCCGACAAGGUGUGGCGGCUGGACCUGGUCAUGGUCAUCCUCUUCAAGGGCAUCCCGCUCGAGAGCACCGACGGCGAGCGCCUGGUCAAGGCGGCGCAGUGCGGCCACCCGGUGCUCUGUGUGCAGCCGCACCACAUCGGCGUGGCGGUCAAGGAGCUCGACCUCUACCUGGCCUACUUCGUGCGCGAGCGAGAUGCGGAGCAGAGCGGUAGCCCCCGGGCAGGGAUGGGCUCCGACCAGGAGGACAGCAAGCCCAUCACGCUGGACACCACCGACUUCCAGGAGAGCUUCGUCACCUCCGGUGUGUUCAGUGUCACCGAGCUCAUCCAAGUGUCCCGGACCCCCGUGGUGACUGGAACAGGACCCAACUUCUCCCUGGGAGAGCUGCAGGGACACCUGGCAUAUGACCUGAAUCCAGCCAGCACAGGCAUGAGAAGGACGCUACCGAGCACUUCCUCCAGCGGGAGCAAGCGGCACAAAUCGGGCUCGAUGGAGGAAGACGUGGACACGAGCCCCGGCGGCGAUUACUACACCUCGCCUAGCUCUCCUACGAGUAGCAGCCGCAACUGGACGGAGGACAUGGAAGGAGGCAUCUCGUCCCCGGUGAAGAAGACAGAGAUGGACAAGUCACCUUUCCACAGCCCGUCUCCCCAGGACUCCCCCCGCCUCACCAGCUUCACCCAGCACCACCGGCCUGUCAUCGCCGUGCACAGCGGGAUCGCCCGGAGCCCUCACCCCACCUCGGCCCUGCACUUCCCCACCACCUCCAUCCUGCCCCAGACGGCCUCCACCUACUUCCCGCACACGGCCAUCCGAUACCCACCGCACCUCAACCCCCAGGACCCGCUCAAAGAUCUCGUGUCGCUGGCCUGUGACCCGGCCAGCCAGCAGCCUGGACCGUUAAAUGGAAGUGGUCAGCUCAAAAUGUCCAGUCACUGCCUUUCCGCUCAGAUGCUGGCGCCCCCGCCCCCUGGGCUGCCGCGGCUGGCGCUCCCCCCUGCCACCAAACCCACCUCCGAGGGAGGAAGCACGUCGCCGACCUCGCCCUCCUACUCUACGCCCGGCACGUCCCCUGCAAACCGUUCCUUUGUGGGAUUAGGACCAAGGGAUCCAACGGGCAUUUAUCAGGCACAGUCCUGGUAUCUGGGAUAAGAAAGAUUUCUUCCCGUGCCCUGCUCCUUCGUCGCGGGAACCCCAGGGGGCCGCACCUCCAGCCCCUGGCCCACGUUUUCAGUGGAAAGUUACAGCGAGCGAGAACACCCCGCCGACCCCCAGCCUGGCCGAAAAGACAAAACAGA